AGGCGAGAGAGCGGCCCGAAAAUGUUCAGAGGGCUGAGAGUCAGUGGGAAGAGGAGGCUGCAGGGGGGCAAUAAGCGAAGGGCGGGGGUACUUGCACAGCGGUUCAUCCAUACACUGGAGCUGGGUUGUACGCUUCUGCGGGCAGGGAGCUGUAGGGGAUUGUAGUGGCACGGUAUAUAGCACAGGCGGGAAGGUAGCAAGUCUCUGGGGGGAGGUCUCGUUAAGUUUCACUACUACUUUGCUUUUUGUUUGCUGCGAAUUGUUUCUUUGGCAGUGUUUUGUUCAUUUUUUUCCCCCCCUUUUGCUUCGGCUCGGUUAAUGAGAAGCUCACUGUUAGAAGGUCGGUUUUCAUUCUCUCCCCCUCCUAAGUAAAGCAGCUCAGCUUGUAGUUUCCCUGUCGCAAGAAGAGGAACGUUUUAGUUAAUCUUGGUUAACUGAACCGUGCACUCGCUUAUCUAGACACGGCUUUUAGGUUAUUUUUCAACACGGGGCUCACAGACCGUGUCCUCGUCUGUGGUUUUUUUUUUUCUUUCCGCGAUCACUUUCUUAACCACUAACUUGAGAUCGGAGUCCUGAAGAAAAAGUUUAGCGCUGGAUCCCGAGUUCAGUCACAACGUUGUUUAGCUCUUUUUUUGUUUAGCUAAAAGGCAGCUCUAGCAGUCGUAGCGCUGGUGCAUAUCCAGGCGGCUUGCCCUGUCAAAAUCUGUUUUGUAACCGGAAUCUAACUCGCCUUUGCUAAGGCUGGUCUCCCUCCUCCUCCUCCUCCUCCUCUCCUCUCUCGCUCCUCAGUUUUAUUUUACUCUGCGACGCCCGGCUCCCCCCAGGUACUUGCUUGCUCCCACGCCGGCCAGCAUGAACAUCGUGGCGGAGUUUUUCUUGGUCACCUUCAAGGUGCUGUGGGCUUUCGUGCUGGCGGGGCUGAAGUGGCUGGUGCGGCCGCAGGAGAAGAGCGUGGCCCGGCAGGUGUGCGUGAUCACCGGGGCCGGCAGCGGCCUCGGCCGGCUCUUCGCCAAGGAGUUCGCCCGGCGGGGGGCGGUGCUGGUGCUCUGGGACAUCAACAGCCAGGGCAACGAGGAGACGGCGGAGAUGGUCCGGCAGAUCUACCGGGAGCUGGACGCCGACGUGCCCAGAGACGGGCCCACGGGCGGCGUGGAGGAGGUCCCCGCGUUCCAGCCGAAGGUGUACACCUACGUGUGCGACGUGGGCAAGCGCGAGAGCGUGUACCUGACGGCGGAGAAGGUGCGCCGGGAGGUGGGCGACAUCGACGUGCUGAUCAACAACGCCGGCGUGGUGUCGGGCCACCACCUGCUGGAGUGCCCCGACGAGCUCAUCGAGAGGACCAUGAUGGUCAACUGCCACGCGCAUUUCUGGACCACCAAGGCAUUUCUUCCCAAGAUGCUUGAGCUGAACCAUGGACACAUUGUGACAGUGGCCAGUUCCCUGGGAUUAUUCAGCACAGCUGGUGUGGAGGAUUAUUGUGCAAGUAAGUUUGGCGCAGUGGGCUUCCACGAAUCGCUCAGCCAUGAGCUGAAGGCUGCAGAGAAAGAUGGCAUUAAGAUGACGCUCGUCUGCCCUUAUCUGGUGGAUACAGGCAUGUUCCGUGGCUGCAGGAUCAGAAAGGAGAUUGAGCCUUUCCUUCCUCCUCUGAAGCCGGAGUACUGCGUGAAGCAGGCCAUGAGGGCUAUUCUCACUGACCAGCCUAUGGUCUGCACCCCUCGGCUCAUGUACAUGGUCAACUUCAUGAAGAGCAUUUUGCCCUUCGAGGCAGUGGUGUGCAUGUACCGCUUUCUGGGGGCAGACAAGUGCAUGUACCCGUUCAUCGCCCAGAGAAAGGAGGCCAUGAACAACAACGAGGCAAAGAAUGGAAUCUAGACGGUGCAGUUCCUGGACUGACCAGAGGGUGCGCACCACCCUGCUGGGGGAGCGAGACCACUGAAGGAGCAUCCGAAGAGACUGAAUCAUGACUGGUGCACUUGCAUUGAACAGAUGCAAAGGUUUACCAUAUAUAUUGUUCUUCUGGAACAAAGAAAGCUGUGUACUACACUAAGUUCCCCCUCCCCUCCCCCCCAUGGUUUGUUUAAAUAAACCUGCUGUCUAUAUACUGUAAACUUAUUAGCUGUUGACAGAAUAGUUUUUUAAAAAAAUAUACAAAAGGUAUUCCAUAAUUAACUAUUUACUUAAUGUAGUGACCAGCAUUAUUUUAGUGUCUUUGUUGCAAUAUACAGUAUGUUACUGUAUGAAAUGGUAAAUUGUCACUUUUGUAUCUUGUAGACAUGCACUGUAAUUACUGAUUUUUAUCCCCCUGCUACCUGGACCUGUUCCUCAUGUUGGGGUUCCCUUCUCUUCAGUUUUCAAAUACUUUUGAACCACUCUGUAGCCCUGAGACAGGGCUGAACUAUCUUGUCCUAGCCAGAUGUGAUGGGCUUCUUCACAAGCUAUGAACAACAGCUGUAUGGUGUUGUGUUCCUGUCCAGUUUUCUGCCUCUCUUCAGUGAGAGUACAAUGCAUUCUCUUGAACCCCUGCCACAACAAAAUACUAACUUUAGUAUUUAAAAAUGCUGUGUAAUGCAAAACAUCCAAGUGAUGCCCAUUUUAAGUUUUUUUUUUUUUUUCCCGUCCCUGGUUUGUCAAUACAAGACCAUAAUGGGUGACUGUCUGUUGCUCAUUAGCUGGCAGUUACAGCUGUUUUUCUAGCCUCCAGUUAUGAAAGACCACUAAAAUUGUUUACUCCCUAAAAAACUUUUUGAUGGGUAGUAAUUGUCGCAUACCCCUAAGGUUAGUCAUGCAAUUUAAGGGACCAGAGCCAAAUCAUGUUCUACAAUUGCAGAACAGUUUUCUCAUUUUCUAUCAAAGCAUUUAAAUGUACCAAACAGCAGUUUUUCUUUUUCCUUCCUGUCUGGUGUUCUUGAACACUUCCAUUAUGCAGUGGAGUUAUUUUUGAUCUGGAUUGUUGUAUUCUAGGAAUGGAAAUUUUAUAUAAAUGUACAGUGGCAGAUGUCCUCUUUAUUUUCCCCAACAAAAUUUCCAUGUACACUACUGACUUCCUGAAAAUUUGUUGAAAGAAAUACUGCUUUUGCAGUCUAUCCAAGCUUAUGUAUGAAGAAAUUUAUUUUUGUUCAUGGAGCUAGUCUAUAAAUAUAGCUAAGCUCACGUUUUAAGAAAUGUGAAUUGAUUAUCUUCCUUUACACCACUGUUAGCAUCCAAAAAUCCAUGUUUGAACUGGAACUAUAAACAAUCUCCAGUUUGGAUAACUCAUAAAUGACAUGCUUUUGGGAAACAAUUUGAACUAAACACCAAUAAGGAAUUAUUUCCAUCACUUACAGAUAUGAGCCUAAAUCUCUACCUCUUAAUUUUAUGCCAUUUUUGAACAUUAAGAUAAGCCUUUUUUAAAUUCUUUGUAGGACAGCUCCUGAGUGGAGCAAUUUUUUAUGUUUCUUUAUUGAUGUUUAGUGUCUUUACCUAACUUAAAUUAAUAAAAAUGAUCAAAAUAGAA